CCUUACCCAGCUCCCCCGUUACCCGCGACCUCUGCCGUGUUUCCGCGGUCAUGGCCUGGUGAGCGUGUAACGCGUUUUCAGGAGGCUGCUGGGCGGAACGGUUCGCGACUAACUUAUCCGAUCUCUUCCGUAGCCCUGGACUCGGCUCGCCUUGCCGUCGGGAGCGUGCCACGGCUUCCAAUAUCAUUGUACUGUAUACAUGGGACUUGAAGGUCGGGUGAAGAAGAGCUCGAUCGUGGUCUCAUUGGUCGCCUCGUCAACGCUAUACGCCUUCGGGAGACGCCAUCUCCAUCCUAGAACAUCGUCCUAUGCUAUCAUUCCUGUGGACGGGAUCGAGACUUCUAUAUCACGAACAAUAACUGACCUUUGUCGCUGUCCAUCAAUUCCUCGAGACAAUCCUCUCCUGGAGCUCGACGUCCCUUCAACCUCGUUUCAGAAGCCUUAUCCGCCUUCUAAAGGUUGGACCCGUGCGACCUCGCAAGCUUUGUGCAGUCUUUACGAGUCAAUCACUUCCUAAACCCUCCCUUCCAGAGCCGUAGGCGUCUCCUGCCCCUGGACCGAGCUGGCACGCCAUGACGAAGCAGUGGGAUAAAUACCGAGAGAUCAUCAUUGCCGAGUACAGAGAUCAGAACAAGCCUCUCCACGAGGUCCGGCGAUUCAUGAUGGAGAAGCACGGCUUCAGAGCGUCGUAUGUGCAGCCUCCUUUAUGUUGGCUUCGCGUCGCUUCUUCCGCCAAGCGCCCACACCUGCUGGGCGCAGGGGAUGCUGGGACAAAAUGGAUCUCGAACACAUCCCGCAAGCGUAUUGCUCUGUGAUG